AUGGACGUGGAACGAUGGGAUCCUAGGCUGGCCACACCGCCGGAUGACCCCAUAGGACUAACCUCAGCGCCCCAAGACUCUGUGCUGCCUUCCGGCCCCACCCCGGCGAGCGAAGUAUCACAACCGCCAAACGGCUUGACCGAUCUCCUGGGUGGGCAAGACAGCCGGUCAUUCGUGGAACCGACAAGCCCUACACUGCAACUCGCCCACCACUCGGAACCGGCCGUCUGCCCCGGCAGCACAGCUGAGGACAGCAGCACCCUGCCCGAGUGCCGCUGCCUGCAGCCGGUGGUGUUCCUCAUCGACGAGCUCGAGGCAGGCCACAGCACGGUGGCGAGCCAGGGCCUGGACGCCGGCCUGGCGUCGCACAAGGAGGCCCUCCGCUACGGCCAGGCGCUGCUCGACUGCCAGCGCUGCAGGGGGCGCCCCGAGCACAUGGCCAUCCUCAAGUUCCUCACCGACAAGCUGGCCGGGCUGAGCGAGCAGAUCGUCGCCGAGUACACGGGGCGCCUGCUGCCACACCACACAGCGGCAGAACGCGACCCCGGCGCUGCUGGGGAGAUGCUUGCCGCCGGGGCUGGUGGCGCCGCAGACCGCGACAGCAGGAGCAACGGUGGCGCGCCGCCGUGGCCGGCAGUGCUGGGGAGCUACGAGGUGGACUCGCCGCGGGAGUGGGACGCGCUGAUCGGGGCCCUGAUCGGCCUGCAGCUCGAGGCGCUGCACUCGCUCGCCGACUCGAUGAAGGCGGUGUCGCGGUCGAUGCGCUGGGACGCCAUGUACGGCAGGGCGGCGGCCACGCAGAGGCGGAUCGCCCCGAUGCUGUAUCGGGUCCGGUCCUUGUGUCGCCCAGAGGGUGGUGGUGGUACCGUCGACGCCAUUGUCCCUCGCGACUCGAGCUAG